UUGAGGCAUGGCGACAGAGAAAAUGGCGCAGGAAGCGGUGGGGGCGCUAGGAGGAGGAGAGGAGAGCGUGAUAGAGCAUCUGUCUCAGGUUCUGGCUGUUGCUGCACUUGAACAUGAAGAAAAUGCGACAGAGAAGUUCAUGGAGUUAAGUCGCUCAGUUCUCGAAUCCACUCUGAGAUGGAGGAAGGAGGGAGCGUCGCUUGGGCAAGAGCUGAGCGACGUGAUCAGCAUCCGUGAUCUCUUCAAGACACCCAAGAGCUCAGUUGACUUCUCCAGCGGAAUCCUCAAGGAAAACAUCUACGAGCGUGUCACUGAUACUUACGUCCCAGACGUCGCAGCAGAGGCGCAGCUGCUUCAAUGGGCUGGGAUAUGCAUCGGGGAGGUAGAAACCCAGAAAGUGAUGCUAGCGAUGAGGAGGCUUGCAGCAGAGCAUCCAGAGCUCAAGAUGGUUCGUUUCUUCGGAAAGAUGCUGGGGACGCGAGGCGAUUACUACAUAUGUGAAGGCGAGAUGACAUGCCCCGAUGAGAUGGCGCCGAGGGGGCUCAAGCCCAACGAUCCGAGGAGGAGGAGCAUCGAGAAAGCGAUUCAUCACAACAAGCUCAAGUACUUUGUGUGCAGCUACCCCGGAGCGACGUGGACAACUCUCCCUAACGUCAACCUCGAGCAGCUGCAAGCAGUCGGCUCGAUCAAGAAGCUCUUGACUGGAGACCUUCACGCCGCGUGCGCGAGCUAUCCUCCGUUUCCCGGCGAGACUGAGGCCGAGUACCUUCGCGCCAAGAUUGCAUGGAUUGGAAUCAACACGAUCUUGUCACCAGCAGGAUUCUAUAAGGAAGUCCCCGCAGACCUCGAGAGCUCGCCUCGUCAACCCGACAACAUCAUUCAGCACGAGGGCUCGUGGAGUCCCUUCGAAGACGAGGCUCAGGCCCGCAGCAUCGGCUCAUGGGCGAGACACUAUCCUCCUCUCCCCGACGAUGACAACUUCCCGGAUGACUUCGGCCCUGAUGAGGAGGGCAACUGGCCUGUGAUUGACCCCGAGCCUUAUCCCAUCCGCCCCCUCGACCCUGCGGUGGAGGACGAAAAGUGGUUCUCUCGCAGUUGCGCCGCUCAGUGCAAGAGAUACGCGCCCGUGGCUCUCUACAGCAUCGAGUUCCCCGGCGCUGUCAUGGUGUCUAAGGGCGCAAGGUUCUACGCCUUGUACAUCGGGUGGGGCAACUCUGAGAACUUCCACCUGCACACCCCAAAAUACGCGCCAGGGCUCAUCAUGCCUCCUGUCAACUCAGACGUCAUCUACACGGUCAAGGAAGAGCCUGUCAAGACCACCGAUGAGAACGGGAACGUGGUUGAGCAGCCAGUGGAAGUUCCUCCUCCCUACCCGCAGGAGGGUUGGAAGCACUUCAACGAAGAGCAGAUGGACUUGCGGGACAAGUUCCAGCUGGAGUGGGAGCUUGAAAAUCAGCAGAGGGAACAGAGGAUGCUGGAAGCCCAAGACGCAGAGGCAGCAGAGGCGGCAGAGGCGGAUUGAAGGUGCAGUGAGGAGGAGGUUCAAUCAGUGUAGAAGAGGUGUCAACAAAUCGCCUCCAUGCGCUCCUUCAUCAGCGAUCGAGCUUCUCUCCCAGACAUCUCUUGAAUCUCCCCGUCGGCAACAAAGAUGGCGUAGUCGGACAUGCUGUUGGAUAUCCAGAAGAAGUCUCCGCGAGGGGUGAGGAUAAGGGACGAGAAGUAAAACUUGUUGCGCAGGAG